AUGCCUAAAGCCACCAGUUCCCGCGCAGCCGCGGCCCGCAGACACAACCCUCUCGCAGAGGAUAUCAGUGCCGUGGGGCACCUCCGAACACAGAGCAGCAAGAAGGGCAAGCGCCAGUCGGAUGAAGACGAAAAUGGCGAGAAUGGACAGCGCUAUGUUGAUGCGAAGAUGUCGCGCAACAUUCUGCAAAUGGGACAGGAAUUAGCAGACGAGGAUGCCGCAGAACAAAAACUUGCCCUGGGUACCACCGAGCCCAAGCAUAACGCUGCUUUCGAAUUUGAUACCCGUUUCGAGGAUGAGCCGCUGUCGGAUGACGAGAAGUUUGAGAAUGACGACUGGGUUGACGAGGAAGUUGAGGAAUUGGAGGUUGAUCCCAACGACCUCGAUAUGUUCAACAAGUUUAUUCCCGGUGGCCACGAGUCGGAUCCCAUUUUCGGCGGUGCGCGAGACUCUUCCGCCCAGGGUCAAACCACGAACCUUGCAGAUUUGAUUUUGGAGAAAAUCGCCGAGCAUGAAGCCAAGCAGGCUGGCCAACACAGUGACCCCACGCGCAUUCAAGGCGGUGGCGUUGCAGAGGAUGCCGUUCAGAUCCCUGCUAAGGCUGUGGAGGUUUUCGAGAAGGUUGGCAUGAUCCUCUCGCGCUAUAAGUCUGGUCCCCUUCCCAAGCCUUUCAAGAUUCUUCCGUCUGUUCCCAACUGGCCGACUCUUCUCGACAUCACCCAGCCCGAGCGAUGGACCGCCAACGCCGUCUAUGCUGGAACUCGCAUUUUCAUCUCGUCCAAGCCUCAUGUGGCUCAAGAGUUUAUUGCGACUGUUCUGUUGGAUCGCGUGCGCGAGGAAAUCCAUGAGACUAAGAAGCUCAAUGUUCACACCUACAACUCGUUGCGCAAGGCUCUCUACAAGCCUGCCUGUUUCUUCAAGGGUCUGCUUUUCCCUCUUGUUUCCAGCGGCACCUGCACCUUGCGUGAGGCGCACAUUGUCUCUUCAGUGAUUGCUCGUGUUUCUAUUCCCGUGUUGCACUCUGCUGCGGCCCUGCUCCGUAUGUGUGAUCUGUCAGCUGAGAUGUCGAGCCGCUCUUACGAAAGCACCGGUGCCGUCAACAUGUUUAUCCGAGUCUUCCUGGAGAAGAAGUAUGCCCUGCCAUACAAGGUCAUUGAUGCUCUGGUAUUCCACUUCCUGCGCUUCCGUGCCGCUGAUCCCUCCGAGGAUACCUCGAUGGGUAAUGCCGGUAACAGCAAGGCCUACAGGCUCCCAGUUCUGUGGCACCAGUCUCUGUUGGUUUUUGCCCAGCGAUAUCGUAACGACAUCACUGAGGACCAGCGUGAAGCCCUUCUCGAUCUUCUCUUGGUCCGUGGACACAAGGACAUUGGGCCUGAAGUCAGGCGUGAACUACUCGCCGGUCGUGGCCGGGGAGUGGUUGUCCCUGAUCCCGAGAGGCAGAAUGCCCUUGAUGCCGGUGACGACACUAUGGACAUGGAUAUGUAA